AAAAAGUUGCAGAGAACAAGAAACCAGAGAAGAAAGAGCAUAUAACAAUAAACCUAACAGUUUCGUUAAGCUUUUGGAAAUUACUUACCAUACAGGUAAAANAAAAAAAAAAAAAAAGAUGCAUUCAAGUCACUUGCUGCUCGAGGAGCCCAUCAGGAUGGCCACCAUCCUUGAGCCAUCCAAAGCUAGUUUCUUCCCUGCUAUGACGAAGAUCGUCGGGACUCUUGGCCCGCGCUCUCGAUCCGUUGAGGUUAUUUCGUCUUGCCUUAAAGCUGGGAUGUCAGUGGCAAGAUUUGAUUUUUCAUGGGGUGACGCGGAGUAUCACCAGGAGACUCUGGAGAAUUUGAAGGCUGCUAUCAAGAGCAGCAAGAAGCUCUGUGCUGUUAUGCUCGACACAGUGGGUGCUGAAAUGCAAGUUGUUAAUAAAAGCGAGAAAGCUAUAACCCUCAAGGCAGAUGACAAUGUCAUUCUGACACCUGAUAAAGGUCAAGAAGCAUCAUCUGAAGUUUUGCCAAUCAAUUUUGCUGGACUUGCCAAGGCUGUGAAGAAGGGAGACACCAUUUUUGUCGGUCAGUACCUAUUUACUGGAAGUGAGACAACUUCUGUGUGGCUUGAGGUAAUUGAAGUGAAUGGUGAUGAUGUGGUUUGUGCCAUAAAAAAUUCUGCAACCUUGGCUGGAGCAUUGUUCACUCUUCAUGCUUCUCAAAUUCAUAUCGACUUGCCUACACUAACUGAUCAGGAUAAGCAGGUUAUCAGCUCAUGGGGUGUUCAAAAUAAAAUCGAUUUCCUGUCAUUGUCUUAUACACGUCACGCGGAGGACGUUCGCGAGGCCCGAGAUUUUCUAUCCAAGCUUGGUGAUCUAAGCCAAACUCAAAUCUUUGCAAAAAUUGAAAAUGUUGAGGGGUUGACCCACUUUGACGAGAUUCUAAAGGAGGCAGAUGGUAUUAUCCUAUCACGUGGGAAUCUUGGCAUAGAUCUUCCACCCGAGAAGGUAUUCUUGUUUCAGAAGUCUGCUGUUUACAAAUGUAACAUGGCUGGAAAGCCAGCAGUUGUGACUCGUGUGGUUGAUAGUAUGACUGACAAUCUCAGGCCUACGCGUGCAGAGGCAACUGAUGUUGCUAAUGCCGUCUUGGAUGGAUGUGAUGCAAUUCUUCUUGGUGCUGAAACCUUACGUGGAUUGUACCCAGUUGAAACUAUCUCCACUGUUGGCAAAAUUUGUGCAGAGGCAGAAAAGGUCUUCAAUCAAGAUCAAUACUUCAAGAAGACGGUGAAAUUUGUCGGAGAACCUAUGACUCACUUGGAAUCUAUUGCUUCAUCCGCGGUUCGUGCUGCCCUUAAAGUGAAGGCAUCUGUCAUUAUAUGCUUUACAUCGUCUGGAAGAGCAGCAAGGUUGAUAGCGAAAUAUAGGCCAACAAUGCCUGUUUUAUCUGUUGUGAUCCCUCGACUGAAGACCAAUCAACUGAAGUGGAGUUUUAGUGGUGCAUUUGAGGCAAGGCAAUCGCUUAUAGUACGUGGAUUGUUCCCCUUGCUUGCCGAUCCUCGUCAUCCGGCUGAGUCUACAAAUGCGACUAACGAGUCGGUUCUAAAGGUUGCACUCGAUCAUGGGAAGCGCUCGGGUGUGAUCAAGUCUCACGAUCGUGUAGUUGUUUGCCAGAAAGUCGGAGAUGCAUCUGUUGUCAAGAUUAUCGAGCUCGAAGAUUAAAACCAAGAGCAUAAAAAGUUAAAUCACCCCUUUCUUUCUCUUCUUCCUUUUCUUUUUCUUUUUCCUUUUUUUUUUAGCCUAUGGGUGAAAUGUGACUGGAAAAUAAGCAUUUGUGUAGUGCUACCGUGAAUUUUGACCUAGAAUUUAUAUGGCUAUUAUUAACAAAUCUAUCUUAUUUUGGGCAUGGCCCUUCCUUUUGGUUCCAUUAUUAACUAUUUUUUGUCUAGUUUUAGAGCUGUUAGCACAUGUAACUCAUGUGUUUAAAUCAAGUGCAAGUCUUUUGACAAGAGACAGGUGAUGUAAACUCUCAACAAUGAGAAAAAAAAAAGGAGAGAAGAAAUUAAGGGCAAAAUUAGAAAAAAGAAGAGCAUUUGUGUAGUGGUACCAUGAAUUUAUAUGGAUAUUAACAAAUCUAUCUUAUUUU